CACAAAUGCCGCGAAAUUCAAAAUAUGAAUUUUCUAUACAACUGAGUUUUCGUGACAUACAAUAGUUUUUCUGGCACAAAAUAUUAUAUUGUAUCAAAAUGAAUUACUGUUUUUGCUUCUUUUCUCUGACGAAGCGAGAAAUCCAUGUAAAAGGAAGAGAAAAUAAAAGAUGAAUCUUGUCGUCCAUUGAUUUGCACGGUCGCCAUCUAUCGACACUUAAAUAAGGUAUGGCGGCGGAAGAAGAAAUGGAAAUCAUGUCUUCAGACGAAGAAGAGGAACAGUUAACACCUGAACAAGAAGCUGAAGCCAAAAAAGAGCAAGGCAAUGCAUUUUACAAACAAAAAGAAUACCACAAAGCGAAAGACCUCUAUACACAAGCGAUAGACCUAUGUCCAAAUUGUGCAGCUUACUGGGGUAACAGAGCGGCUACACAAAUCAUGUUAUACAGAUACAAAGAUGCUCUAAGUGAUGCUAGACGUGCACUAGUAUUAGAUAGUAAAUUCGUCAAGGGUCAUUUACGAGAAGGCAAAUGUCAUCUACUGCUCGGGGAGGCUGCCGCAUCCAUCAGGUCAUACCAGGCAGCUUUACAACUUGAACCAAAAAAUAAAACUGCAAAAACAGAACUACUAUGUGCUGAGACUGUAGCUCGACUUACAGAGGAAGCUGAAAAAGAUUACACAAAACGGGACUUCAGAAGGGUAAUAUUCUGUAUGGACCGUUGUUUAGAGCACUCCUCGGCAUGUCACAAGUUCAAGAUCAUGAAGGCGGAGUCGCUUGCCCUUUUAGGACGAUACCAAGAGGCUCAAGAAUUGGCAAAUGAGAUUGUUCAAAGUGACCGUAUGAAUCCCGAUGCAGUUUAUGUUAGAGGAAUGUGUCUGUAUUACCAAGACAGUGUGGAUAAAGCCUUCCAACACUUCCAGCAGGUCCUCCGCUUAGCCCCAGACCACGCACCCGCAAAACAAAUAUACAAGAAAGCUAAAAGUUUGCUUGCCAAGAAAGAGGAAGGAAACACAGCAUACAAAGCUAACAAACUAGAAACGGCUUAUUUAUUAUAUACAGAAGCCCUGGCUAUUGACCCAGAUAACAAAUUCACCAACUCCAAACUCUACAACAAUCGGGCAACAGUCUGUGCUAAGCUGGGAAAAACAGAACAAGCCAUAGAAGACUGUGACAAAGCAAUAGAACUGGAUGAUAACUACCUUAAAGCCUACAUGAGGCGAGCAAAAUGUUAUCUAGACAGUGAACAAUAUGAAGAAGCAGUCAGGGACUAUGAAAAAAUAUACAAACUAGAUAAAAGUAGAGAAAAUAAAAAAUGCUUGCAAGAUGCAAAGCUUGAACUCAAGAAAAGUAAACGAAAAGACUAUUAUAAAAUAUUAGGAAUAAACAAAAAUGUUGCAGACUCUGAUAUCAAAAAAGCUUAUAAAAAGAGGGCGCUUAUACACCAUCCAGAUCGACACUCGCAUGAUACCCCCGAGGUCCAAAAAGAAGAAGAGAAAAAGUUCAAGGAACUUGGUGAAGCAUAUAGUAUACUAAGUGAUCCCAAGAAGAAGGCGAGAUACGACAGUGGACAAGACUUAGAAGAGAUGGAAGGAGGCUUUGGAGCGGAUAUUGAUCCCAAUUUAAUUUUCCAAUCAUUCUUCGGCGGUGGAGGCGGUGGAAACCACUUCUCAUUUGGCGGUGGCCCAGGGUUCCACAGUGGAGGAGGGGGAGGCGGAGGUGGAUUCCCAGGGGGAUUUUCCUUCCAAUUUGGAUGAUUUUGAUUGGACAGUUAGGGAAAAUGGUCAUGUACAGUUUUAGGCGAUUAUUUUAUUUUAAUCAGAUUUAUUUAUGGAUAUUUUGCAGUCAGUAAAUGUUCAGAAAUACAAGACUCGGUUUAUAAAUAAUGGAAAGCAGAUCAAAACCAGAAUAUUUUAAUGUACCUCCCUGUACUGUCU